AUGUGUUCAUUUUUUUAAAAUUCAAUAGGCANUUAAUCUUUAAAUUUUGAAUUCAAUUUAACUCCUGAAUUGAAAGAUAGUUUGAAAAAGUUAUUACCUCAUCGGAAAAAGUUUUAUCAACAUAUCUUUAACAUUAUAUAAAGUGAUUUCAUUGCUAAGAUGCUUUAUGAUGAUACCAAAAGUAUAAAUGAUAAAUUUAAACAAAUGUAUGAUAUAAGUUAAAAUGAAAUAAAAUUAUUCUCAGAUAUACCACAAAAUAUAAUUACUUAGGAUAUUUAGUAGUAUAUUGAAUAAUUGAAUACUUUUAAUAAUAUUAUAUCUUAAUCGGAUGAUUAAAAUUAAUACCUUUAAGAAGAUGAUUUUCAAUAAUUUUAUAAUCGUUUAACGCUCCUUGCAUCUGCUUUUAGUAAAAUUGAUAUCAUUUGUAAAGCGGCUGGGCUAAAAUAAAUAAUAUGGAAUAAAUUAAGCAUAAAGUAUUGGAAAAACCAAAGUAUAAAUAAAAAAGCAUUUUUUUCCUCGAAAAUAUUGUCGGAGGGUUUGUUGAUUGUAUAUUUGCAAUUAUCUGUACUUAAUCUAUUAUUUACUAAUAACGUUUUUGUGACAGAGAAAGAAAAAGAAAAAUUAGAGAGACUAAAUUUGCUUAAGUUUUAGCAAGAGUAUUGGAGAAAAUUUGAGAAAAGUAAAUGA